UCCUGGUGCCCUAGGAAGACAUAAUAUCCGGGAAAGUCCUCUGUCAUUUCCCCGGAAAAAGCACUGGAUUUAAUGUGCGUUACAUCUCAAAGCGGGAACAGCGAUUGAUUUCAACCCAGUCGGUGUUAGAGUCUGUCCUUUACAGGGCAGUGGCUCCUCGUGCUCGGCUGCAUGGCUUGGAGCAGUGCCCCAUCGAUUAAUGAACUGUUGUCUAGUGAACUGCGCAUUCCCAUGACUGCACCCCAGAAGCCUUUACUUUAUAGCAUUUUUAUGUGUGACGUUAGUUGCUUGUAUUCGCGUUUUUAUCAGUUAUCUGAAUACCCGUCCGAAGUUUGCGUGAGUGUUUUUCAGCUUCACCAACUGAUGAGGUGUCAGCUCCCCUCCGGUCGCAAAACGAUCUGUCCGUCACUGUCAGGGCUCAAUUACACGAUCGCGAGUCGUUUCAUAGCAUAUCAUACACAACGGGGGCUUGUAGAGAAGGAGUUCCGGGGCUCCUUUGCUUUGUUCUGAUGUUUUUCUCUGGGCAACUGGCCGGAGGGCAGCUCCGCGGUCCAGGCAUGUUCAUGCAAGGCCACAAGAAAUUAUUGCAGGAUAAAAACCAUUCACAGCAUUUACCAGGUGCAACCGAUUUCACCCGACUGUAUAGACAAAACGCAACUUUCGAACGUCCACACGCUUUCAGCAAUACCGAUGGAGAAAAGGAUUCCACCUGCAACUUCAAGUGGUUUUUGCGGCGCCACACCUGCGACUGUUGCUUCAUUAGCCAGCACACCCGAGCGCCAUGAAAGAGCGGACGAAAAUUGCCAGAAAGAUACACUCAGCAAAAAAACAAAAGGGGGAAAUGCAGGUUGUCGUCUCUCUUCUACAGUACCACCUCUGAGUCUCAAAGGGCGCUGGAUCUGCGAAGAAUGUGACAAAGCGUGCAUUGUCAUUCGUGAGGAGUGCCGGUGUUUGUGCGGUCACCGCCUGAAAGAACACACAAAGGGUCUUGCCAAGGGUGUCGAUCGUCCACACCCGUUUGGAUGCACCAAUAGAAAGUGCAAAUGUCGCGACUUCUUCUAUAUUGUUGCAGAGGGUGCGUGGAUUUUAAGGUGCAGGUGCAAACACAAACACAUCGAACAUGAUCCAGUCACCUUCAAGUGUACACGAACCUCUUGUUCCUGCAACAAGUUCGACUCUCCGUGGGUGUGUAAUUGCAACCAUCCGUGGAACAGACACAAGCAAGUCAUGGAAAAGCUAAACAGAACGGCGGACACGGUCUCUCAAAUUGGGAAGGGAAUAGCCGAGGACUUUAUGGAUUUAGGUCGAGAGGUCACGGACUUGGAUAACCUGCGGAGAGAUCCUCUUGGAGGCUCUGUUCCGAUGGUCGAUUACACGCAGUUCCACUGUCUCUGAUUCAACCAGGAAAUGAAGUCGCUGCCGUUUUGUCUUUUCAAUGUUCUCGUUCCUUAGUUUGUUUUUCCUCUACUGUUGACGAUCCCGAAGAGGUCAUUUGAAGUUGUAUGAGCAAUGAACUCGAUAUGGCUUAUGUUACCAUUUCUUUUUCGUACCCGGGCGUGGCGGGAGCUUUGUGGAACCUCAUAGCCUCCCCCGUGUGCUGUUCCCUCCCCGUGAUUGCUUGCC